AUGGAUACAAGUGAAAGAAGAUUCUAUUCUACUGUGAGCACGACAUCUGAAAUUUCUGAAUAGAUUGGCUGUCCCCUCGCUUACAGGAGACAGAGUGUUUUAUAAAUCAGACAGUCAUUUUUUUUUCCUGGUGUGUCUGAAAUGUAUAUUCCAGACACAAACAGGCCUGCAAAGGCAGAAUGGUGAGCUUAGGAGGGCCUGAGGCCUCCCAGGGAGCUGACAGGGGAGGCCAGAAGGCUGCAAUGCCAGCCAGCGCUUGCCAGGUGGUGGAGGAGAGUCAGUCUCGGUCCCUACACAUCGUCCAUCCAGGCAGCUCCUGAACCUGAUCCAGGCAACUGGGCCAAGUCCCUGAGGCUGUCUCUGGGACCAGAAGGUAUAACCAGAGGGAAGCAUUGAUUUAAAUUCCAGGGAAUAAAAGAAAAGUUCAGCAUAUCUAAGAAGAGGCUGAAAAUGACUUUUUGCAAAUGCUUGAAGGACACUGCCUCAUACCAAACCACACAUAAUAAAAUUUUAAAAGAGCCUGAGUUUUGUUUCUAUCUGUGCCCUGUGGAGCACAUGUGA